AGUAGAAUUUGAAAGAAAAACUUAAAAAUUUUGAAUAUUGAAGGAGCAUACAAAACAAAGCAGUCUCUCUCACCUAACGUUAGAUUUUUUACACAAGUUAAUUUUGUGCUUUAAAUACUACCCUGGUUAAACUAUAAUAUAAUAUAGUAAUAUUAAAAACCUUAAAAUGGCAUCUUCGAGAGAUUCUCAGGAAACUAUAGCUAAGAAGACGUGGGAAUUGGAAAAUAAUAUACAAACUAUUAAUACUGUCGAUGAUAUUUUCAAAUAUGACCGACAACAGCAACAAGACAUUUUGGUUGCAAAGCCAUGGGAAAAAGAUCCACAUUACUUCAAAGAAUUAAAAAUAUCUGCAUUGGCUCUGCUAAAAAUGGUUAUGCAUGCUCGUUCCGGUGGUAUUUUAGAAAUUAUGGGUCUGCUACUUGGUAAAGUAGAAGGAAAUACUAUGAUUGUCAUGGAUUCAUUUGCACUUCCUGUAGAAGGAACAGAAACUAGAGUUAACGCUCAAGCACAAGCCUAUGAAUAUAUGACUGCUUAUAUAGAAUCGGCCAAAGUUGUAGGGCGACAAGAAAAUGCAAUUGGUUGGUAUCACAGUCACCCUGGUUAUGGGUGCUGGCUAUCGGGUAUCGACGUUUCAACUCAAAUGCUGAAUCAAAACUUUCAAGAACCGUUUGUUGCAAUAGUUAUUGAUCCCGUCAGAACCAUCUCGGCUGGCAAAGUUUGUUUGGGAGCAUUUCGAACAUAUCCCAAGGGCUACAAACCGGCUAACGAAGAGCCUUCAGAGUACCAGACAAUCCCUCUAAAUAAAAUAGAAGAUUUUGGUGUACACUGUAAACAAUAUUACUCAUUAGAAGUAAAUUAUUUCAAAUCAUCGCUUGAUAGACGUUUGUUAGACUCCUUAUGGAAUAAAUACUGGGUGAAUACAUUGAGUUCGUCCAGUCUAAUCACAAAUGCAGAUUAUUUAACUGGUCAAAUAAAUGAUCUUUCUGAUAAGCUGGAACAAGCAGAUACUUCUUUAAGUCGUAUAUUCUUUGAACCCAUCGAUCGAUCUAAACCAGAAAACAAGUUGGUGAAAGCCACAAAAGACAGCAAUAAAACUACAAUUGAAAUAAUGUGUGGACUGAUGUCUCAAACCAUUAAAGAAUUUUUAUUCAAUAGUAGUACUCCUAAAAUUAGUCAACAGUAGCAUUUAUAUAUAUAUAUAUAUAUAUAAUAUAUUAUAUUACAUUAUAAAUAUUUUCUAAUUUAAGAUACUCAUGUACAUUUUUUUUUACACACAUAGUAUUUAUAUAAUUAUAUAUGCAUUAUUUAAUAUAAUUUAUAGUUAAUUCUCAAAUGAUA